AUGCUGCCCACGCACAUUGAGCUCGACGCGCCCGACGGCUACAACCACACGGUGACGCCCAAGGUCCUUCUCGACGUGACGUCGCCCCGCACGUCGGCCCCGCUGCCGGGCUGCAGCGUGGCCUUUCUCCUCCUCCUCGCAGCGCCCAAGAUGGCCAUGAACAUGGCGUGGGCCGCGCAGUGGGCUGCGUUUGGGCCGCUCCUCGAAACCAUGGUGCCGAGCUGGGCGGUGCAGCUCAUCCAGAUUGUCGGCCCCAUGACGGGGCUGCUCGUCGCGCCGACGGUCGGCGUGCUCAGCGACGCCUGCACGAGCAAGUAUGGGCGUCGCCGGCCGUUCCUGCUGUUUGGCGCGAUCACAAGUGCGCUCUGCUGGCUGCUCAUGAUGUACGCGCGGGAGAUUGGCGUCGCCUUGGGGGACGCAGGCACGCGCCAGCCCAUGACGGCCCUCUUCACGAUUAUCUGCUACGUGUGGAUGGACAUGUCGGUCAACAUUACGCAGACGCCGGUCAACCUCAUCGUCGCUGACUUUGCCGGGCCGCGCCAGGUGCUCGCGGCGUCGAUCGGCCAAGGCUACGCGAUCGCCGGGUCGUUUUGUGUCUCGGGCUACAUUUUGGCCUUUGGCCCGGCCCACGAGUCGAUCCACGCGUUUCUUGGGAUGCUCAUCGGCGUCAUGCUGCUCACCGUGCUGCCCGUGUGCGUCUUUGCCAAGGAGACGCCGCUGCCGCCGCCCACGCUGCCACGCAACUUGGUCGCCUUUUGCGUCUGCUUUCUGCUCGUGCAGUACGGCUACACGGCCUACAACGGGGCGAAGGGCCAGUUCUUUGGGCUCGUCGUCUUUGACGGCGAUGCGAGUGGCGCCAACGCGUGCGGCAGCAGCUGUUCGCCGGAGCAAGACGCGUACAACCGGGGCGUCGCGCUCGCGGGCGGCGUCACUGACACGCUCUUCAACGUUGUCGGCCUGCUCUACAUGGUGUUGCUGCCGUACUUGGUCGCUGCCGCCGGCGCCAAGUGGGUGCUAACCCUCUCGAUGCUGCCCCAGGCGCUGCUGAUCGUCAUGGCGUUCUCCAAGAUGGUGGCGCUCAACGUGGUCCUCGUCGUGCUCUGCGCGAUCACGCAGAACGCGCUCUUUGCGAUGCAGAUCCCGGUCAUCCUCCACGUGGUCGGGCACGGCGAAGACAAUAAGCUCGGCUUGUACGCCGGCGCCUUCAACUCGGCCAACUGUGCCGGGCAGCUGCUCAACUUUGCAGUCGCGUCGGCGCUCGUGCAGACGUCGAUGGGCCACGCACUCCCGGUGCUCGUCGGCGGCGUGGUCAGCCUCGCGGCCGUGGUCGUGGCGGCCGUCGCCCUCGAGAUGCCGGGGAUGUAG